AUGGCUGUGUCCAAAUUUGUUCCUCCCGAGGGGAAUCAACGGAAGGUCAGGGUGGCCAUUGUUGGCGCCGGCAUCUCUGGACUAGCCGUUGCCAACGGCUUGCUGAAAGACCCAGCCGACAGGUUCGAUGUUCAGGUCUUCGAACGCGACACCAUUGCAUUCAACUCGGAGCGUGGCGGCUACCAGCUCCGUAUCAGCAUCAACGGCCUGAAUGCUCUGAAAACGAUAUCAGACCUCGAACUUUGGUCCUCGAUCCGCGAAGUAUGGGCCGGAGACGACGCAGCAGCACCUACGGUCGUUGAUCCCGACACUUUUGCGGUCCGCCUGCGCCUAGGCGAUCUCAAGCUGUAUCCCAAGAGUCAGGCCAUACCCAGACACGGACUGCGUGGCGCUCUGCUGCAGCCGUUGCUCGCUCAAGGGCGGGUUCACUUCGAUCACACCUUCACCCGCUUUGAACUCAUGCCGGGCGAGCGAGGCGGCGUGCAGCUGCAUUUCCAGGGUCACGACUCGCAGACUGCCGACAUUCUUAUUGCAGCAGACGGCAGCGGCAGCCAAAUAAACCAGCAGGUCGGCCUUCAAAACAAGAUAAAGCUACAGUCUCAGACCUUGAUCCAGUCUCGCGGCACUAUUUCACGAUCCGUACGCGAUGAGCUACCCGAGUCGCUCGUCAAAUCAGGCUCGGUGAUGUUCUUGGGUGGCACAGAUGCGACUGGAUUUGCAUCCGUCUACGACCCCAAGAAAGAUCCAGGUACCGGCGGCGCAGAAUCGUACACAUUGUUCUGGUCGAUCCUUGUGCCCAGAAAGCGUGGUGACGAGAUGGUAGCGAAAGCCGGCUCGAAUCCCCAGAAGAUUGUACCUCACCUUGUCGACUACUUGCGAAACGACCUGGGCUACGGCGAACCUUUGGCACUCAUCAUGCAAUCGGCGACUGACUACGUACGAACGGGCCUUGUGACCAGCUCCGUCAAGCCGAAGACGGAUUGGCGAAACGGCAUCGACAGAAACUCGCGAGUGAUCCUCCUCGGCGAUGCAGUACACCCCAUGACGCCGGGUCGGGGCAUGGGUGCAAAUCAGGCCCUGACUGAUGCUGCCAAUCUUGUCGAUCUUUUUCACCACACAAAUUUUGAGCAGGCUGUGCCCUCUGAUGGGGAGCUGGCCGCUCUAGUACGUACAUUCGACGCAGAGAUGUACACGCGAGCCUUCAAGAUGGUGAAGGCCAGUGAGGCCAUGACUUCGCUAGACUUGACGACGCUUUCGGGCAAAUCGAUGGCAACUUUCGUCGGAAUGGCUAUGGUCGUGAUGGGAUGGUUUGUUUCAGCUCUAGAGAUCGUUGGCUUGAAAGCCGAGAUGAAGCCAGACUACGUGUCGCAUGAGAAGUAG